AUGACACGCUUUGCGAUUGCCUUGACGCUUUGACACUAGGCCACUGCGUUUGAGCAGGUCUAAACGAUGACGUGGCUUGUGUCUACAGUGUGUUUUUAACGCAACUUGAAUUUCCAACACGCAUCCACUACCGUCCAGACUGAUAAAUACAAGCUAGCGAAAGCGGGGCCGCAAAAUGCGGGCGUCCAUAGACCGGCAAUGCUGCGCUGCAGCCAGCAGCCCUGCCAGUGCUCGCUGCCCAAUACUUGGUCUACUUUCUAGAGGCCAGAAGCGAUUGGGGUGGCGCCUCGGCGGUCACAUAGCAAGUUCACCACACGCAGAGCUGACGUCGCCAACCCCAGUUGCUGCGGGAGCAACGGCACGAGCAGCGGCGCCGACGUGGAGGUCCACUGUAGAUGAGGAGGCCGUGCUCCCGUUAUAUACCUGCCUCGACGGUGACAUCUUGACACCGGCAAACAAAUUCGCGUACUACGAGGCGCUGCGCUCCGGGCUGAAGGCCCUGCGGGCGCUGGGCAUCAAUGGUAUCAGCGUGGAUGUGUACUGGGGCAUCGUGGAGGGGGCGGCGCCCAUGGAGUACGACUGGUCGUCAUACAAGCAGCUGUUUGCGCUCAUCCGCGAUGAGGGCUUCAUGGCGCAGGUGUGCCUGUGCUUCCACGGCACGGAGGCGGUGCCGCUGCCAGCCUGGGUGCUGGCGGCGGGCGCGGCCAACCCCGACAUCUACUUCACGGACCGGGCGGGUGUGCGCAACACACACUGCAUCAGCCUGGGCGUGGACGAGGUGCCCGCUCUGGACGGCCGCACUGCUCUGGCCUGCUACCGCGACCUGAUGACCUCGUUCCGGGUCGAGCUGGAGCCGCUGCUGGGGAGCACCAUUGUGGACGUGUGUGUGGGCUUGGGUCCGGACGGCGAGCUGAAGUACCCGGCACACCCACGUGACCGGCGCUGGAACUUCCCAGGGAUUGGCGAGUUCCAGUGCUACGACAAGUACAUGCUGGCGGGCCUGCGCGCCUGCAGCCACCAGGUGUCGCAGCCGUCCUGGGGCCUGGGCGGGCCGCACGACGCGGGCGCCUACACGGUGUGGCCGCAACAGACCGGCUUCUUCAACCAGUACGGCAACUGGAGCUCGCCGUACGGCAAGUUCUUCCUGCAGUGGUACAGCGACAUGCUCAUGCAGCACGCCGACUCGGUGCUGGGGAUAGCGCGGGACGUGCUACUGCCGGCCGACGGCAGCCUCAGCUUCAGCGGCAGUAGCGCAGGCUUCGGCAGCAGCAGCAGUAGCAGCAGCGUGCGGCCAGGGUUCUACGGCAACGGCUACGGCAAUGGCAACGGCAUCUGGCGGGGCUCGCCGGCGGCUGCGGCGGAGCCGCCGCGGCUGCGGCUGCACGCCAAGUUGCCGGGCGUGCACUGGUGGUACAACACGGCCAGCCGGGCGCCGGAGCUGACGGCGGGGUUCUACAACACCACCAGUCGGGACGGCUACCUGCCCAUCAUGGAGGUGCUGUCGCGGCACGGCAUCAGCGUGCGACUGCGCAGCGCGGAGAUGCGCUCCUCCGAGAUCGCACCGCAGCAGGCCUGCUGCGACCCCGAGAGACAGGUGGCGCAGCAGCGCACGGUGGCGGCCGCGCUGCUGGUGCCUGUCGGCCUGGAGAACGCGCACGAGCGCUUUGACGAGUCGGCGCUGGCGCGCCUCGAGGCCUCGCUGUUCGAUACCUCAGUCCACGAGGGCAUUGAGCUUCCCCAGGUCCAAUCGCUGGUGUUCAAUCGCAUGUGUGAUUCCAUGUUUGAGCCCGGCAACUGGAGCCGCUUCAAGGAGUUUGUGCGGCGCGUGCGCAACCGCGCGGACACGCUGGUGGUACCGGCGUGGCGCUGGCGCGGCGGGCCCGGCAGCAGCAUGGACGGCAUGGCGCUCCCACUCACGGUGGAGCUGCCCAUGGGGGGCGAGCCGCAGCAGGUGUCCGCGGGCUCGGGCAGCAACGUCGCCAUGGCGGCUGCCGCCGCCGCCGCGGCGGCGGCUGCCGCGGUCGCGGCCGGGAACGGGCAUGGGAGCGGGGCCACUGGCGCGGCGGGAGGUGGCGGAGACGCGGGCAUGACCGCCGCGGCGCCGACGGGCAGCGCCGGGGCGCUGCAGCUUGUGUAGCUGCUGCGGCGGCGGUGGCAAUUAGAAGGCCAGGCGCGCUAUGGAGGCGGGUGCCUGGUGAGUGCCAAGCGCGUGGGCGCCCGGGUGCGGCGGCCUCGGCCGCGCAAGCCAGCAAGCACCGCCAUCCUCGCCGCACCGGAGUUUUGACUCGGGGGGGGGGGGGGGGUCCUGUGCCCUGGCUGGCAGAGGCGCGGGCGUGGGCGCGUAGCGAAGAGCUUUUGGAGAACGACGGGCCGCGGGCAGCUGUGGGCAGCAAUUUUGCAUACCGGCCGCGGCCCCGCUCCCUAUUCUUGUUAUCGGUAUGGAGUAUGGCUGUUUCUCUCUUUUUGUUUUAUGAGCAGUGUUGUACGAGCAGUGCUUUGAGGUGCUGACCAACCAUACUCACGCAUAUCACGAUUCGCGCGGUGGACAUCUGACAAGGGAGCGCGGCUGUGACAUAGAAGGUGGCCGUGGAGAAAGCAAGAACGCCACAAUAUCCACACAUGUCACUUCACUUCACACGCGUAAUUGCCUGAUUCAUUGAAGCUUAAGGAGGCUGACGCGCGUGCUGAACAACUUCCCCGGAUAGGUGUUGCGAUUUGGGUCGCGCUGUAUAUGUGUACUUAAGGUCGUGUUGGGGUCACGCAAUCAGAAUACCAGCUUUCACGCUUUCCCAUUUUGCUUUGGGGACAAGGGUGUGGGAAAUAAAAACAGACACGGCGUAUCUUUGGCCGCCUGUGACUACGUGUAUUCAAAGUGCACGGGAGGGACGUGCCAAAUAUGGGGUGCUUGCAGGCGAUGCGUGCAUGCGGCCACCCAAGUUACAAUGCGCUGUGCGCCGUCGCCGGCCAAGACAGGGGCCUUGCUGAUACAGCAAGUGUCAUCGGCCGGCAACCGUUUGUGGAUGGGCGCCGCAUAUAGGCCUUGGCACGGUGCUUUGGCGUUGCGAGGGUGAAGAACGGGCAUCCAGCAUGGGGGACCCGCAUUGACACCUGUUGCUGAAUGCAUAGCAUGCUUGAGUGAACUCUGCAUGCGCUGUGUUCAGGUCUUGGGCCUUGGGCGAAGCGCCGUCUAGAAGCGAUGCACGCGGUGGCGGCUGGCGGCGGGGAAAGGUGGUGGAGGGGGCAGCAGGUGAAGGGGGCGUGGGGUGGACGGCACGCGAGCGUGUGUACACGUGGCGCAAGCUGGAGCGAGUGCGCAUGGAUGCAGGCUCUGCCCCAGAUUGCGCGUCCGUUGCAUCUUAUUCACUGAUUGGUGCUUUCCGUCUCUUCAACACGCCCCAGCUUGCGGGCGCUCCGCAUGCCGGGCGUGUGUACGCGUGUGGGAGAGAUUGGUGCUUUGCCUAGGGCGUGUCGUAACGCCGCACGAGGACAUGGCCCGAGCCUCAUGCUGGUAUGGUUGGGUGGAUAGCUGUGCAGUUUCCUUUAUUUCUUACUUGCCAUCGCAUGUGUCAGGCCCCUCGAACAAUUUUGGACUCAAUUAAGUUCGAGGCGUUGACGCAAGGGGCUCCACAACUUGUUGGCUGCAUGCCUGGAUCGGCUGUAGCGCCGGUGCUGCGAAUGGUCUGGUACGAAGGGCUACAUGGGUGGUAUUUUACCCUUUCCAGAAAGCAAUGGGUACAGGACGGGUGGUGUUUACUGCAAGCGGUGUCACGAGGCGCGGCACCGUUGGCGUUGCGCUCCUGUGGAUGUGGGACGGAAGGUGCGAUAGGCCUGCUCACCCUCAAAUUUUGCACAUCAUUUGGUUGCAGUGUACUAGAGGCAGGCGCUUGGGGGGCGGGGCACACGCGCCGCUCCAACGGGCCUGUCGACGAUGGCAUAAAGUAGCCAGUUUCCAACGCGAGGCAGGUCCACAAUCUUGUCUACGCGAGGCAUCUCCAAGGCCAAGGCCUGCCGUUUGUAGGCGCCAUCUGGUGCGGUGCGUAUGGAACUGUGGCCUGCGUUUGGGCAUGUGCGUGUGUGUGUUUGCCGGUCGUGGGGCUGCAAGAACUGUGAACGCUGUGCGCUGUGUAGGCGCAAGAAAAGCAUGGGUGCUGCAUGCUGCGUCACGCAGCUCCAAGUCGGCGUGGGACCUGAAAACAAUGCAGGGAGGCAGGAGGCGAAGAGUGUAUCGAAUUGUUGUUUACUUGUUCAAUGCUUGCGGUAGCUAAGUUCAUGGGCAAAGGGAAGCCACGAAGGUCUAAAAAGAUAGGCAGUAUGACACUGGAGAGCAGGGUGUCAGCGAACACCCUUUAAAAGCAUGGUUGUUGUCCUGAGUGGCAGAACUACAUCCCUGGUGCUAAGCGAGUGGAGCAGUCUACUAUAGCAGGCGAGAGGAUUGUUUUCCCUGGCAUAAUGUAUCUGUCAGCCGGUAUGUUUGAGGGAGUCCGCUGGCGAGAGCGCUGUAAAUGGGCGUGACG